AUGGGCAAGAAGAAGCGCGGCCACCCCGACAUCGAGGAGCUCCUCAAUCGGCCGUGGUGCUACUACUGCGAGCGUGAUUUUGAAGAUUUGAAGCUUCUCAUCUCUCAUCAAAAGGCCAAGCAUUUCAAAUGCGACCGCUGUGGUCGUCGACUUAACACUGCGGGAGGUCUUUCCGUGCACAUGAACCAGGUGCACAAGGAGAACCUCUCGCAGGUCGAAAACGCGCUGCCGAACCGACAGGGCCUCGAGGUCGAGAUCUUUGGCAUGGAGGGUAUCCCCCAAGACAUCCUCGACCAGCACCGCAACCGCAUCCUCCAGAACUUCCAGCAGGCGCAAAAAGACAGGCAGAUUGCGACCGGAAAUCCUCUUCCUGGUCAGGCGAUGAACAACCCCCGGAAGAAGCUCAAGGUCGAAUCGGCGAGCGAGCUCAAGAAGCGGCUGGAGGAGUUUCGCGCGAGGAAGAAGGAUAUUGCUGCUAAUGGAGGUGUGGAUGCCGCUGCGACGGCGACUGAGAACCAGGCUACCUUUAAUGCUCCCCCUUAUCAAACAUCACAAGCACCUUACGAGCAACCAGGGUAUCCUGCACAAGCAGCACCUGGUGCUGCGCAACCCUACGGUUACUCGCCCAACUCGCUACCCGCGAGGCCAUCAUCAGGCAACCUUCCCGCUCCUCCUGGUCUUCCUCAGCGACCGACACAGGGUGGCGCAUGGAACGGUCCAGCUCCCGCUGCUGGUGAUGACAUUGACCAGCUGAUCCGCAUGGCCGAGGCGGGUAUUAAGCCACCGCAGAAGGGUGAGGGAGAGGAGAGUGACAAGAAGAAGAAGGACAAGGACAAGAAGGGAAGGAUGUUUUACGACGAUGCCGAGGUCAGCCCCGAGGAGAGGAUGGCUGCUCUACCACGGUAUCGGUUCACACCAGAGGUUGGGGCCUAG